GACCCAGCCUCCCUGGGGAGAUGCCUAGGCCGAGAUGUCUGAGGGCGGGAUGGUUCAUCCUCUGAAGCACAGCCCCACCCGAGCCUGGCCGCGCAGGGCCCAGGAACCCAGCCUGUGCCGAGGUGGCCUUCCAGGUCUCCUGGGUUACGGGGAGGCACCGACGGACCCAGAGUCAGGACUCACGUUUCCUCUCGCCUUCUGGCGCUAGGGUUGAAUUGGGGCGAUUGAAAAUGGGUCAAAGCACCCACCCUAAUUCCUUGUCGCUUGCAGCCCAGGACCCUACGCAGGCCGGAGGCCACAGCCUGGGGCAUAAGACGCGCCAUGUCCUGUCUCGGACCCGCUCGCCCGCCCCAGCCCUCCAAGGGAAAUAGGAGGCUGGCGGGAAGACCUGGAGGAGGUGGCUCUGAAGGUGGACUAGAAGAGCGCCCUGGGUGGGGCUGAGGGGGCUUGAGUGAGUGGGAGACCGCUGCCAGGCGCUUGGAAACGUCGUGAGCCACGCACGGAAGGGUGGGGCGUCUUGGGAUCUCGAGACUCCGGGGAUGCGGUCCUAGCGGGUAAGGCAGGACGGCUGGGCAAUCCCGCUGCAGUGGGAAGAGUGUGACUACCUGCAGAUGAUCGAGGUGCAGCACAAGCAGUGUGUGGAGGACACCCAGCCAGAGAACAAGACGGCAGGCUGCAGCAAGAUGUGGGACAACCUCACCUGCUGGCCAGCCACCCCUCCAGGCCAGGUGGUCGUCUUGAGCUGCCCCCUCAUUUUCAAGCUCUUCUCUCCCAUUCAAGACCUCAACGUGAGCCGCAGCUGCACGGAUGAGGGCUGGACACACCUGGAGCCUGGCCCGUACCCCACUGCCUGUGGCUUGGAUGACACGGGCCUGAGUUUGUAUGAGCAGCAGACAGCUUUCUACAGCUCUGUGAAGACUGGCUACACCAUUGGCCACAGCCUGUCCCUCGCCGCCCUUCUGGUCGCCACGGUCAUCUUGAGCCUGUUCAGGAAGCUCCACUGCACGAGGAACUACAUCCACAUGCACCUCUUCAUAUCCUUCAUCUUGAGGGGGACCGCUGUCUUCAUCAAAGACAUGGCCCUCUUCCGCAGCGACAGCGAGGAGUCGGACUCCUGCUCCACAGGCUCGGUGGGCUGUAAGGCAGCUGUGGUCUUACUCCAGUACUGUGUCAUGGCCAACUUCUUCUGGCUGCUGGUGGAAGGCCUCUACCUGCACACACUGCUUGUCAUCUCCUUUUUCUCAGAGCGGAAGUACUUCUGGGGGUACAUACUCAUCGGCUGGGGAGUGCCUGGCACAUUCACCAUGGUGUGGACCAUCAUCAGGAUCUAUUUCGAGGAUAAUGGAUGCUGGGACACCAUCAGCUCCCCACUGUGGUGGAUCAUAAAGGCGCCCAUCCUCACCUCCAUCUUGGUGAACUUCAUUCUGUUUAUUCGCAUUAUUCGAAUCCUGGUUCAGAAACUUCGGUCCCCAGAUGUUGGCAAGAGUGACAGCAGCCCUUACUCGCGGCUGGCCAAGUCCACCCUUCUGCUGAUCCCUCUGUUUGGAGUUCACUACGUCAUGUUCGCCUUUUUCCCAAGCAACUUUAAGGCUGAAGUGAAAAUAGUCUUUGAGCUGGUUGUGGGGUCCUUCCAGGGUUUUGUGGUGGCCAUCCUCUACUGCUUCCUCAAUGGUGAGGUGCAGGCGGAGCUGCGGCGGAAGUGGCGGCGCUGGUACCUGCACGGCGGCCUGGACUCGGAUCCCAAAUACCAGCACCCGUCAGGAGGCAGCAACGGGGCCACCUGCAGCACGCAGGUCUCCAUGCUGACCCGCGUCAGCCCGGGCGCACGCCGCUCCUCCAGCUUCCAAGCCGAAGUCUCCCUGGUCUGACCACCGGGGACCCAGGGCGGCUGCGCCCGCCCGCACCCCCACCCCUACCCCGGCAGCACCGGGGACAGAGGCGAGGCCUGCUCGGGCGAGACCGGCCCCAGCCCUGGGCUCGGAGGCUGCCCCGGCCCCCAGGUAUCAUGGGCACAGGCUUCCUUGGAGAACUGUGCCCUUGCGCCUGCACGGAGCGAGGAGGGGCAUAGAUCC